AUGUCGAAAUAUGGAAGCAGUAUUCUGUCAGCGAUGUUUACUUCUAGCGAAGCAGCCGUCAUGAGAGCCGAAAAAAAAAACGGGAGCGCCGAGACAGACAGCGAGAUGAUCCGCAACGUCAACAAGGAAACAUGGGCCCAGUGUAUCCAACUGCAUGCCUCUCUAUUGCAACUCACUCCGGAAGCCAACAGGGACUCAGUUGACUAUUUCAAGCUCAAGCACUUCGACCUUGCAGCAAAUGUCGUCCAAUCUACGUUGGAUUUCAUGGCGGAGUGUCUCGAAGAAUUGGAACCCAGCGUGAGUCUGCAUCAGCCUACCUCGAUUCCGGGUUCGCGACCGGUCGACCAUGCGUCUGCGUCGUUUUCGCUAUCGCAUUUACCGCCGAUUAAUCUCCCCCAAUUUUCCGGGAAAUUCGAGGAGUGGGAAAGUUUCCGCGACCGGUUUACGGCGCUUAUUGUUCAUAAUACUGAAUUGUCUGCGUUCGCGCGUAUGCAUUUUCUAUCGUCUAGUCUCACUGGCCGCGCUCUGGAAUCGAUCAAGACGAUUCCGGUUACCGCAGACAAUUUCGACAUUGCAUGGGAAACGUUAAAAUCGCGGUACGACAAUAAACGUCGGUUAGUCGAGACGCAUAUCUCUAAGUUGUUCCAGUUGCCGUCCGUCUCUUGCGAAUCAGCGGCGGAUCUUAACAACUUACGGGAUGUGGCGAACCGAUCGAUCGCUUCUCUUAAGAAUUUAAAUCAUUCUGAUCUGCUAACGCCGGAGCCGAUUGAUCUGCUGUUGGGGGCUGAUCUCUACGGCGAAUUACUUCUCGAUGGCGUAAAGAAGGGGGGAACCGGUCAGCCCGUCGCUCAAAAUACGAUCUUCGGGUGGAUUCUCUCGGGGCCAUCCUCUCGUCAGUCUCAUUUAAAUUCGAGAAUUCAUGUGCAGCAUUGCGCAUCAUCACUACCGCUCGAAAAAGAGCUCCGCAAAUUCUGGGAGGUUGAGGAGAUACCUCGCCGCCCGUAUUUGAGUCCAGAGGAGCAGCGUUGCGAGGAUCACUUUGAUUACAGUCAGUUCCUCCGAGACUACGAGGACCUCGGUCAUAUGCGACUAAUAACGAAGGGGGAACUUACAGAAGCUCAAUGCGUAUACAUACCGCAUUAUCCCGUUCUGCGAGAAAGCAGCAGCACGACUCGUUUGAGAGUAGUGUUUAAUGCCUCAAGCUCAAGCUCGAAUUCUACGUCAUUGAAUGACCAUUUAUUACCGGGUCCCAAAUUACAAACCGAUCUGUCGACGGUUAUUCUCAAGUGGCGAACUUACCAAUACGUCCUUAGCGCGGACAUUGCCAAAAUGUAUCGCCAAAUUCUAGUCAAUUACCAGAGAAUCUUGUGGUCAGCGAACAACACGUUCCCAGUUCAGGAGUAUCAGCUACUCACUGUCACCUACGGUACUGCUUCCGCUCCAUUUCUCGCUCUUCGCGUUCUCCAACAACUCGUCAAGGAUGAGGGUCAUGCGUUCCCGUUGGCUGUCCCGAUCCUGCGAGACGACAUUUACGUCGACGACGUACUAUUUGGAGCCGACGACAUACCUCUCCUUCGACAAACGCGUAAUCAAGUUCGCUCGUUGCUUCGUCUCGGUCGGUUCGAACUCCGUAAGUGGUCUAGUAAUACUGCUCUUUUAUUGCAAGAUAUCGACUCCGCCGACCAUGGUCUCGCGUGUAACAAAAGCUUGAAGCUCGACGAGAACCUUAAAAUUCUGGGUAUUAGUUGGAAUCCUAGUAUGGACGCAUUCCAAUUCAACGUGUCGCUGCCGGAUAUAAUUCCCCACACGAAGCGGGAAAUUUUGUCGGCUGUCGCUCGAAUCUUCGACCCAUUGGGAUGGGGCACUCCCGCGACAGUGAACGCCAAAAUCUUCCUUCAAAAAUUGUGGCAGUCCAAGCUUGAUUGGGACGAUCCUCUGACGGAGCCAUUCACGACUCAAUGGUCCGCCAUCUAUAAAUCGUUGACACAGCUCGAUGGGCUAACCAUCCCUCGUUGGGUUGGACAAGGCGCUGACACUCUCGUUUGCGAAUUGCACGGCUUUUCCGACGCGUCGAGCUCGGCUUACGCCGCGGCGGUGUAUUUAAAAGUAGUCUCAAUGUCGGGCCACACCACCGUGUCAUUAUUGACUGGAAAGUCAAAGGUCGCUCCAAUCAAGACUUGGAGCAUUCCGAGACUCGAACUUGCCGCUGCCGUUUUACUCUCUCGUCUCUUAGAAUUCGCCCGAGAUGCUCUCCAUCUGAAGGCAGCCCCUUGCUUCUGCUGGACUGACUCCACAAUUCGACACGUUUCCACGCGAGAAAACCCAGCCGACUGCGCGUCGCGCGGCUGUCUCGGAAAUGACCUAGUUCAUCAUCCCCUUUGGUGGCAGGGUCCGACAUGGCUGCGACUCGAUCCAUCGAUGUGGCCGCCGCCGGCGACCAUGAUCUCGACCGGGUUAGAAGAAAACCCUCGCGUUGCCGUACAUGUCGAAACUUCCGCCGCGUCAUGGGAUCUCGCAACAAGAUACUCGUUGUGGCCCAAAUUAAUUCGGAUCACAGCUUACUUGCUUCGAUUCAUAGCGAAACUACGUCGUUCCGUCAGCAAGGACGCUCCUAUCGCCUCUGAGUCUCGAGCUCUCUCCUUUAUUGAGUGUCAGACUUCUCGACUGUUUUGGCUACACCGCAUUCAAUCGGAGGUAUUUCCGCUCGAGCGGCAAGCGUUGGAGAAACAACGAUCCAUUCCAUCUAAAAGCCCUCUGUGUGCGCUCAGUGUUUUUCUAGAUGAAGAUAAACUUAUUCACGUUGGCGGGCGGCUAAAAAAUGCUCCAUUGCCUUUCGCACGCAAGCAUCCUGUGGUUCUGGCCGCUCAUCCGGUCGUCGAGCUCAUUGUUCGUCACGCUCAUUUGCGGUCCCUGCACGCGGGCCCGCAACUAACUCUCGCCACCGUGCGGCAAGAUUACUGGGUGCUGCGAGCGCGCAGCUUAGUCAAAUUCAUAAUACACUGA